CCUGCUGGAGAGCCCCUGCGUCCUGCAGGAGAACAAAAGCCCUAAACAAUGCUUGAGGGAAGGACACUGUAGGAGUUUGCAAGUGACAUUCUUUGCAUGCAAAAGAUCAAUGUUGGAUACCAGAGCAAGAUUCAGAGGAAGGAAGGGAUACUGAAGUCCUCGUCAAGAGAUCUUGCCAUGGAAAUUUGGGGUUCAUCAGCACUCUACACAAAACAGAGACUAAAAUAAGAAGACGGUACCUGCUGCAUCCUUUCAUGCAGUGUUUUCAUGGAAGGUAUCUACUCCUGAGUAUUCCAACAGAUUGACCUGGAUGUGCAUUUAAAUGUUAAAAAGAAGGCAAGCAUAAAGCUACAAGUUCUGGCCAAAAUGAGUACCUGUCAUGUACUUGCAAUAAAAAUGUGAAAUCCAGAACAAGCUGCAGAAGUUGUAAUUCUGUUUUGAAGUAAAGUUGUCAUUUGUGACUCUACUGUAAAUUCUGAUAAUCUUUUACUAUUAGAAAUAAUGCAAGGUGUGGAACAACACUUGAUGUGUUGAGGAAGAGUUUCCUUAGUAGAUGAGUAUCUCAGAGGGUUUCUCAGAAUAGAACUAUUUUCAGAGACGAGGAAUUGACCAAGGUUGUAAAAUGUGUGUGCAAGGUGCUUCCUCUCCAGUAAAUUUGCUACCCAAUAAACAUAUAAUAGAUGGGAGUGGUGCUAUUUUUCAGUCCCACUCUGCUAAGGAAGUGGGAUUUAUGGGAGCAAGAAGCAUUAAAUAGUGCUUAAACCAUGACUGUGGUAAAUGCUAACUGGUUCUGUAUAAGACCUGCUUUUCCAGAGGAACAUUUCCUUUUUCUUCCUUCAGUGUCCCCACCUCUUUAAGUGUCAAACCUUUAAGAAAUAAAUGGUGUUGUAACUCUUACAUGUGGAAACUCAAGUCAGACUAGCUGAUUAGAAGUGAGAUGAGGAAAUAGUGAGAGGGGAGAGAGCCAUAGUAAAUUCUUUUCUUGGCUGAAUUUAUAGCCAAGUGUCUGAUACACGUUCAGUCUGAACAGAUGUAUGCAAUGGUUUUUGUUUCUAAAACUGAUGACUUCAGUGAAUGAGCACAUGUUGACUAUUUAAUUUUGUCUGUCUUAAGCAACUGUUCUGUAAUGAGUCAGAGAAUGUUUGUAUUCCUUGUGUAGGACUUUAUUUUUGCCACCUAAAUUAACUCUGAUUUCACAUUUCUGUGUUCUGUUGAUCAUGUGGAAGCUAGUUCAUUUGUUCAAGUGCUGUAAGCAUCCUUUGUUUUCCACAGCCUACUUAUCAUAUUAGCUUUAUAUGUGCACUAAAAUGAUAAUUUAUGUCUAUAAGAGUAUUUUUAUCUUAACACACUAAUUCCAAAGUAUUACUCACAAGCCUUUUCCAUGGGGAAAAACAUAAAAAAGGUACUAAAAAUAAAUAUAAAGCCAGAUGGCAGGUAUUGAAAUGUCAGUUAGAGAGAGGAGUGGGAAUGGUAUGUGAGUUUGGUAGUCAGGGACUCUUUCAUGGUGUGCCCUAAUGCAUGGGUUUGUAGGUUGAUUGUUCAAGUGAUCUUUGUUCCUUUCUCAGCCAUAAUCACUAAGCCUCUCCUGUUGGUGCUGCAGCAACUCCUUCUGAAAGGGAACAGACACAUUGCUACAUCAUAGACAGACACAUAGUUAUUUCUAGUAAUCAUCUUGAUCCAGUGGAGAUCAAGUGUUAAAAUUAAAUCUGUAGGAUAUUUAUGGAUUUAAUAAUUAACAGAACACAUGUAUUAUUUGAUCCAAUAGAAUGUUAGAGUCAAAACUUCCUGAUGGUUCACUAAACUACCUAGGACAGUAUGAAAAUACUGCAACAGGAAUCAAAAUACUGAUUUGCUCAAGAGACUUAUUCAAUUCCAAUAUUGUGUAACAUAAUACUCUAUUUAAAGAUAAGUAAUUAUAUAAUUGUCUUGGGACUUUGAGCACUGUCCUACUUGAGAGAUAUUAAUGCUCCUUUGAGAAAAAUAAUUCAUUUCAUUAAUGCCCUAAGUCCUAUGCAUUUGAUUACAGCUUUUCCCCUAAUGCACAAAAUGUUUUUGUUUAAAUAUAUUGCUGUUUUUGUUUCAUGCCUUCUGCUACAUUACUGACUUUUACUAAAACAAAUGCAACAAUAUUUCUGUUCUUCGGUGGAUUCUGCAAGAGGAAAUCUGUGAAAUUGAGUUGUUGAGGACCAAUGGUUGGCAUGGUGCCAAAAGGCUAAUACUAGUUUCAGAAUCCCAAAUAUAAGCAGUGCUAAUAAUUUGUGUUGAAUAAGUAAAGAACGGGGUUUGCAAGGAC